AUGGUUUCUAUACAUCUUCGUUUACCUAUAUUAUUAUCUUCUUAUUAUUAUAUUAUUAAUAGUAAUAUAAAUUAUAAUCUUAUUAGAUUAUAUUCUAUAUGUCUUAUAUUUUUCUCUCAAAUAAUUCCAUUAUCAUCUUCAAAAUUUGAUGAUCAAGUAUUAGAUAUUGUACAUUCUAUGGAUGGUGAUAUGUGUCGAAAUUAUGUAUUUACUUGUUUAUUUCGACAACGAUAUCAUAAAUCAUUUGAUAAUCAACAACAAACUGGAAAUUGUAAAUAUCUUUUAAUAUUACAUUCAUGUCUUCAAUAUGAUACCGAUAUAACAGGUAUUUGUUAUAAAUUAUCACUUAAUCGAGCAAAAUCCCGUCUUGAUAAUGAUUCAUUAAAACAUUGUUUUACAUCAUCUGUAUAUAAAAAUUUUCAUGCUCAACAUCUACGUUCAAUUGCACCAACACGAACUAUUAUGAAGUGUCAAAUAUUCGUGCUUUUUUUUCUACUUAUCUCAUUUGUCAUUAAGAUAAGAGCGUGUUGUUGA